CGGACUCGGACUGGAGCGAGAACGCGCUUCCGUAAUCGACACCGUCUCCAAUCGUAAGUCGAUCCAUAUAAGCUACAGGAGUUCUGCUGUUCUGUCUGCAUACAUCCACCGGCUUGAGAGUUGAGAGCCCUAGAUUGCAAGCUCGAUCGUGAUUCGCGACAUGGCCACGCCCACGCAGAGCCCGCUCCGCCGCUGGAAGCCCUUCUUCCGCGCCUUCGACUCCAUCGACGCCGACAUGGAGGCCUUCGACCCGGUAGAGUUCUCCCGCCGCGAGUUCCGGACCGCAAGGGGCGACAUCGUCGAACGCCUCUGCGACGCCGCCGACGACGACCAAGCAGAGCGGCUCUGCCUCCUGCUCGACGACGUCAUGGCGGAGUCCCUCGAGACGCUCCGGCUGCUCCCGCUCAUGCCCACGGUGCUCGCCAAGACCGACCUCGCCAAGUGCGUCCGCGCGCUGCACAAGGACCACGAGUCGGAGCGCGUCCGCGUCCUCGCCGGCGGCAUCGUCGCCGCGUGGGGGGCUUCCGUCCAGGACGACGACGCCAAGGUCAAAGUGGCCACGCACAAGAUGGAGAACCUGCCGCAGCAGCUCAAGACGAUGGACCAUCCGAUGCAGCCUGCCAAGACCCUGGAGACAUCCGCCAAGAAGACGGUGAAAAUCACAAGUAGGGCGUCUGAUCCCGUCGCCCCGGGCCUCAUCUUCCGCGGCGACCGUGUCGGGCUCAUCCCCGAGGAGAAGAUACAAGCUGCAAAGCGCAAGUUCAACCAAAGGUACCAAGAGGCGGAUGACGCCAAGCGACGACGUCUGCCAAUAAAGGUGGUGGCGCCGGAGAUGAUCAAGCAAACGCUGAACAAGAAGAAGCACCCGAUCAUGAGGGAGAGGAGCCAGGCGAGGUGCGGCAGCUCCAUGGUCAAGAAGACCCUCAUCGUCACCAGGCUGCCUUCACAUCAUAGGGUUUAG